AUGAGUCAUCUUUUUUUUAUGAAUUAUAUUCCAGUAGGACAACUUUAUCUUGUACGACCAUCGUCUCCCAAAGGACGUAGAGAAUGCAUCUAUAAAGAUGCAGCAGCAAACAUAAAACGAACGUUCACAGAAUUUCAUUAUCAAUUAGUUAUACAAAGGGCCUAUGAAGAAGGAGAAGAACAAAUUCUUAAUGAGGAUGAGCAAGAGGAUGAAAAAAGUUUUUUAUUGGAUGAAUCUCUAAAAUUCCACUCUUUUGUUCGAGAAAAUUGCGUGGUUUAUGCAUGGAGUGAUUUAUCUGGGGAUGAACAAGAUUUGUAUGAAUUUGUUUGCGAUUCAACUAUUCAAUCAAAUAUUCUACACAUGUUUGAAGAAGUUGCUUUACGAUGUAUGUUUGAGAGGAAAUAUCGAAGGUCACAUGAAGAAGCUACGAAUGAAGAUUUAAGUCAAUUUUUAACAUCAAAGUCAACAUUCUCUUCUUUUCGAAAUCCAUCAUUAGUACAAAGCCCAUUGGUUUCAUCGAAAGUUAAGGGUGAUCAAGAAACAUGUCAUCUUAAAGACAAGACGCAAGAACCAGUGGAUAAUUCAAUAAAAAUUAUGGUACAGGUGUCUGCCGAGUUACAUUUAUUUGAUGCAGCAGAUAAUGUCUUCAUACUACAGGAUAGUAAUGUUGUAGCGACUGUUUCAGAAAUAGAUACAUGGGAAUAUUGGUUGGAAAUAAAAAGUUCAGAAAGAACAUGGCUUGGUCAGCCUAUUCAUCCUGAUAUUAACCCAGUGUUUAACUAUGAACAUCUUUCAUUUAUUUGGAAUUAUUGUGAUGACAGAUCACAAAUAUAUUCAUGGUUACUCCGAUUUAGUAACAUUGAAGUUGAAGAAAGAUUUCAAGAGGGAUUUAUGAUAGCCUUAUGGGAAAUGUUAAAUCAACAAAAAUGGAUCAAAAUAAAAGAUGACGACAAAGAAUACAUUAUUGAUGUUUUCCAUCAAGAUGUUAAAAUGGAAGACGUAAAUAAUGAUAAUACUGAAGAAGAUGAUGAAGAGGAUAUAGAUAGUGAUACUAAUGAUAUCCCUGAAGAUCAGGAGAAUGAAUUUUCAUCUAUGAGCGAGGACAACAAAGGAGAAAAUAGCCAGCUAGCCGUAGGAUAUAAGCAUGAUAGAUCAUUUGUUGUGCGUGGCGAUAAAAUAGGCGUUUUUCGUCAUAUGGACGAUGACCGACUAGAAUUUGUAGCUGCUAUUAACAAAGUUCAAACACCAAAGGGAAAACAAUUUCAACCAUCUAGGAUUAUGCUCCACAAUGAAGAUUCUGAAAUUAUAUUACAAAAUCCUAAUGAACCUCAUAAUUUAUAUCAAAUGGAUCUUGAAUAUGGAAAGGUUGUUGAUGAAUGGAAAAUCGAUGAUGACAUUUCAGUAUUAAAUUUUACACCAGAAAGUAAAUUUGCCCAAAUGACUACAGAAAAAACACUUAUAGGCAUUUCACACAAUUCGCUAUUUAGAAUUGAUCCUAGACUACCUAAAAAUAAAAUCGUUAAGAGUGAACAUAAACAAUAUGCUACUAAAAAUGAUUUUACUGUUGCAGCUACUACUGAAAAAGGCUAUAUAGCAGUUGCAUCUAAUAAAGGAGAUAUAAGGUUAUUUGAUAGAAUUGGCGUUAAUGCUAAGACUGCACUACCAGCUCUCGGCGAGCCUAUAAUUGGAAUUGAUAUCUCCGCAGAUGGAAAAUGGGUUUUAGCUACAUGUAAAAGUUAUAUUUUACUUAUUGAUUGCACAAUAAAAGAAGGAAAAAAUCAAGGGAAACUCGGUUUUGAAAAGAGUUUUGAAAAAGAAACUAAACCAAAACCAAAAAGACUGCAACUAAAUCCAGUACAUGUCGCAAUGAUGCAAGGACAAAUUAAUUUUACCCCAGCCAAAUUUAAUACAGGAAUGGGUGUUGAAGAAAAGACUAUUGUUACAAGUAGUGGUCCGUAUGUUAUAUCAUGGGAGCUUUCAAAAGUGGUGAAAGGUGAAACAGGAAAAUAUAAAAUAAGACAAUAUACAGAUGAAGUUAAAGCCGAUAAUUUUAAAUUUGGGACAGAUCAGAAUGUGAUUGUUGCUCUUCCACAUGAUGUAUCUAUGGUAAAUAAAUACACUUUCAAAAAACCUAGUCGAAAAUCACUUUUACGAACUCCUAUAAAAGAUUUGCAAUCUCGUUCUAGUAUUGUCAAUUCUCCAUACUAG